AAUAGGCGCACCCAUGGCAGGCAUUACAUCCCCAUCUCUGCUCACAUCCAUCCUCUCUCUCUCUCUCUAAAAUGGUUUCCAACGCGAAAACCAUAGCUUCGGAGCUUGUACCGGUCCUCAGGGUUUACCAAGACGGCACGGUCGAACGCCUUUUUGGCUCACCCUUUGUUCCGCCAUCCCUCGCCGACCCAUCCACCGGCGUCUCAUCCAAAGACACCACCAUCUCGCCACUUGUCUCGGCUCGACUCUACCUCCCAAAACUCUCGCCGCCCACCAACCAACAGAAGCUCCCCGUCUUAGUCUACUUCCACGGCGGAGGUUUCUGCAUCGAAUCCGCCUUCUCCUCUUUCUACCAUGACUCCAUGAACUCCUUAGUCUCUCAAGCGAAUGUCAUAGCCGUGUCGGUCGAGUACAGGUUAGCCCCAGAGCACCCUCUGCCGGCGGCUUAUGAGGAUUCGUGGACCGCUCUCCAAUGGGCUGCAUCACACUCUGUUGAAGACACCGUCGAUAAAGAUCCGUGGUUGAUCGGAAACGGCGAUUUUGAUAGGUUCUACAUUGGCGGCGACAGCGCAGGAGCUAAUAUUGCGCACAACUUGACCAUUCGAGCGGGCACUGAGGGCCUGUUUGGAGGAGUUAAAAUAUUGGGAGCUUUUCUUGCUCACCCAUACUUUUGGGGCUCGGACCCAAUUGGGUCCGAGUCGGUUUUUGGUCACGAGGAGAAUAUCUUGUACCGAAUGUGGACGUUUGUGUACCCCUCCGUGCCAGGAGGCAUCGAUCACCCGAUGAUCAAUCCGUUCGCUCGCGACGCCCCGAGCUUGUCGGGGAUCGGGUGUUCUCGGCUGCUCGUGUGUGUGGCGGGAAUGGACGAUCUGAGGGAGAGAGGAGUUCGUUACGCCAAGGCGGUGGGAGAGAGCGGGUGGGGCGGAGAUUUGGAGUUGUUCGAGGUAGAGGGAGAGGGUCAUUGCUUCCAUAUACUAAAUCCUGGAUCUGAAAGUGCAAAGAAUAUGGUGAAUCGUUUGGCUUCUUUCCUGAAGUAGAUUUCUUUUCUUCUUCUUGUUUUUUUGCUAGAAAAAUGUAUGUAGCAGUUACGUACUUAUUUGCAUAGGUCAAGUUUAGAUUAUACUAAAGAGUAUCACUUAAAGAAAACACAUGUUAUUGGUGGAAAAAAUGCAGCUGAGUUGGGAUCCCAUCAGUUUAGAUAUCCCAUCAAGCUAGCUAGCUAGCUAGUUCACCUUCUAUUGAAAAAUGCAAUGUGUCCCCAUCAUUUGUGAA